GGUUGGUUAUUAUUUCCAACCAUACUUAAGACUCGGGAUUUAAUUUCGUCUACAUCAUUGUAUUUAUUUGGCCGAAAUAUAACUAAUUAAAGAAAUAGGAUAUUCCCUUUCAAUUCAUAUAUCCCUCACCCUCAUAAAUAGCAUACCUCGUUGCAUUACUUUUCUUGAAAAAAUUCUUGAAUACCUCUCUUUUUCAUUACUCUUUUUUUUUUCUCUCCUCGGAUUUUUAUAUUCUCUCUCUACCACAAAGGUUUCACUUCAAGGUUCAAAGAGAUUCAUAUUCUUCUUGCUGAGGGAUUUUGUGAUCCUUUCUUGCUGAACCUUGAGUGAAAUCUUCGAUAUUAGGGAAUGCAGAAAGAUGUGUGUGCAUGCCGGAAAUUCAAUCUGUGAAGAUUCUUCAAUCAUUUUCCCCUUAAGACAUCCAUUGUCGGCCCUUGACGAGGUUCAAUAUGCCGCUUGCAGGUUCAUGAUAUCCCCUCAAAUCCAUUACAAAUCUACAAGCAGUAGAAUAUUUGCUAUGCUAAAGCACGAAACUGUGGACGACGGUUGAAUAUUGUUUGGUAAUUUAGAUACCUGUACCAUUGAAGUAGCACAAUUUUUUUCUAGUAUUUUGGGUCAAUUUUUUUAAGUAGAUAUGGAAAAGAAGGGAAGUAUUUUGUUAGAGAGGUACGAGUUGGGCAAAUUAUUAGGGCAAGGGAACUUUGCUAAAGUUUACUACGCUAGGGACAUAAAAAACGGGCAGAAUGUGGCUAUUAAGGUUAUUGACAAGGACAAAACUUUGAAGGCCGGGCUGAAUGAGCAGAUCAAGAGAGAAAUUUCGGUCAUGAAGUUGGUGAAGCACCAAAAUGUCUUACAGCUAUACGAGGUCAUGGCUACAAAGAGCAAGAUUUACAUUGUUUUGGAAUACGCUAAAGGCGGUGAGCUCUUUAACAAGGUAGCCAGAGGCAGGCUGAAAGAGGACAUUGCUAGGUGGAUAUUCCAACAGCUGAUCAGUGCAAUGGAUGUCUGCCAUCGCGGGGGUGUUUAUCACCGGGAUCUGAAGCUUGAGAACUUGUUGAUUGACGAGGAUGGGGGUCUGAAGGUUUCAGAUUUCGGGUUGAGUGCUCUUGCUGAUUCUAGACAGCAAGAUGGUUUGCUGCACACGAUGUGUGGCACCCCUGCCUAUGUAGCUCCAGAGGUGAUUAAUCGAAGAGGUUAUGAUGGAGCUAAAGCUGAUAUUUGGUCUUGUGGAGUUAUCUUGUAUGUUCUGCUUGCUGGUCAUCUCCCCUUCCAAGAUACAAACUUGAUUGAGAUGUACAAGAAGAUAACCCGGGCUGAUUACAGAUGUCCGAAUUGGUUCCCACCUGAGGUCCGGAGACUUCUGCUGAAGAUUCUAGACCCAAAUCCUAACACAAGGAUAACCAUUAGUAAGAUAAUGGAGAAUUCUUGGUUUAAGAAGGGGUUAGGUACUAGGCCUGCUAAACUACCAAAAUUGGAAGUCAAAGAAACCAAGCAGCCGGAGGUCAAGACGUUCUCCGAAUUCUCAAGACCAUCUAAUCUAAAUGCUUUUGAUAUCAUCUCCUUGUCAUCAGGACUGGAUCUGUCUGGUUUAUUUGUAGGGGAUGACCGCAGGGAUGAUGUUCGUUUUACAUCCCUGCAACCUGCAUCUGCUAUAGUGUCCAAGCUCGAGGAAGUUGCUGCCAACAUGAAACUCAAAGUAACAAAGAAAGACGGAGGAUUCUUAAAGCUAGUCGGCUCUAAAGGUAGAAAAGAGGAAGUAGGCAUUGACAUGGACAUAUUCGAGGUAACUCCAUCCUUUCACGUGGUUGAGAUGAAGAGGUCUAACGGUAAUGCCAUUGAUUAUCAGAAACUGAAAGAUGACAUGCAGCCUGCUUUGAAGGACAUUGUUUGGGCUUGGCAAGGCGAUAGCCAGCAGUAACUUCAAAGACAAGCGAUGCGUGCUCACUGCAAUCCUCUGCAACCCAGUAUUGAUGUAUCUUAGUAGUUGAUUUAGCAUUAGUCUUAGUUGAUGAUCUGUGUUCUGCUUACAUAUUUGGGCAGUCCUGAUGUCUGUUAUCUAGUAUUGCUAAACAAUCGAGGGAGGUUCCAAUUUCUAUCCUCAAUUGUUUAGGUUAGUUUAAUGGGAAAAUUUACACAAUUUUUCUACAUUAUUGCUUUUAAUUCUUAAUUAUGUGCAUGAAAUUAAGUAAAUCUAUUGUGUGGCUGUUGUAACUGAUCUAAAUAUUGUUUGGUCCACAAAAAAUCUUAUUGUAAAUCUUGUUCAUAUGAAUGGUGAAUAUUGACCAAAUUUAAUUGA